GAGGACUGCAGCAGGCGGGCCGCAAGCGCCGCUUCGAGACGGGGGCGACACCCGCACGUGAGCUGGCGCCCACCGCACCGCUCCUGCAUCGCCCUGCGUCGGGCUCGCCGGCCGACGGACCCACGGGUCACGAGGCGCCUCUGAUCCCGCACAUGGACCUCGCAGCUGCAGUGCUGCCCGGGCUGUGCCGGGCACUAGUCGGCAGUCGGCGGGGGGCAGCGAGUGCGGGGGCGACGACUCGGGAGGCGGGGAAUGGCGUCAGUGGCGCCGUCAAUGGAGGAGGAGAGUUCGGUCGCGGCGGUUCGUCUUCUUCUUCUUCUUCCCUUCCGCCGCCUCCCGAUCGUCAGGUGUUUUGGAAGCUGCUGGUGAUGAGCGGGGCACUGGAGGCGGAUGCGCGCUGCGUGAGUGGAUACCAGCUGGAGGCCGCUUCCUGGCUGCGCGCGCGCCUCUCCUGCGGCCGCACCGCCGGCCCCCGCCCCCACCGCCAGCCGCCAGCCGGGGAGCAGCUCACGCUGGCCGCCUUCCGCGCCGCCGCCGGGGGGACAACAUGGGGGGUCACGCUGUGCGUUCAAGACGUCAGCGCACAGCGCCUAGCGGAGACUGCUGCUGGUGCUGCCGCCGCCUCAUCCUCUGCGUCAGCGAUGGUGUCUGCUGCGGGCGGGUUGUUGGUGCUGGUGGAUGGGCGGGAGCUGGAGGCGGCGUUGGCGGGGGGGGCACCGCUGGAGGUGGCGGCGGCGGAGGCGGGUCAGGACCUGGUGGAGAGCUGGGAGCGUCUCCGUACAGUGCUCUCCCACCUCCCCCCCGCCCUACAACCCACCACCUCCUCCUCCGCCCCACCUCCACCUCCUCCUCUUCCCAUCCUGGUUCUCUCGCUGGCCGGCUCCGAGGCUGCGGAGGCCAUCAGCUCCCACCUGGCGGCCACAGCGGCAGCCGGCUGGCCGGAGGGGCUGGCGGCACGGGUGCUGGCGGGGGGAGGGGGAGCAGGAGGAGGAGUGUGUGUUGCCUCGCUGGCUGAGGCGCCGGAUGAGGUGCUGCAGCGGGCGCUGGGGUACCUGGCGGAGCAGGCGCCGGUGAUGGAGCAGGUGGUUGCAGUGGAUCUGGAGCAGCUGGCUCGCGGGGCGGUGGCGGAGGUGGUUUCGGAGCUGGACGCCCGCGGUUCCGGCCCCCCCGCCAACACCGCCGCCGCCACCCUGGCCGCCUUCAACCAGCUGGUGGGGGCGUUCGAGGCGGCACUGCGCGCCACCGCCGCCUCGCCCUCGGCGCGCUGGGGCCUGCCGGCUCCCGAGCUCUCCCCCUCCGACGCGGACGCCGCCCCCGCCUGCUGGUCCCCCGCCCGACUGGAGGCCGCAGCAGCCGCCCUAGCAGCCCUGCAGAUCAACCCCCCCGCACCCGCCACCUCCCCAUCAUCACCCUCUGCCGCACCCGCCACCUCCGCGCAGCACCUGCUGCCCGGCGGCUCCGCGCUGCUGCCCCAGCUGCUGGGCCACGUGGCCACAUGGGCGGCGGCGCUGGGGGGCAGCGCCAGACAUGCCUGGCUGCUGGCGUCGCUGGCGCCGCAUGGAGCGGCAGCAGCGGGAGCGGGAGGGGCAGCGGGAGGGGCCGGCGCCGCGCACCGCAGGAGGGCUGCUGCGGCUGCGGCUGCUGCUGCAUCACCUUCAUCACCACCACCUCAGCUGCUGCUGCCGGCUUCUCAGACGGCAGCGGAAAAGGUCCCCGCCGCUGCUGCCGCGACGCCGGCAGCCGCUCCCCAGCAUCGCCCCAGCUGGGCGGCUGUAGCUGCGGCAGCGCCGGCAGUAGCUUGGAACGGCAGCUCGAAUGGCUUCUCCCUGGCGCCGCCUCCGCCGCCGUCAAUCAUUCGUACGCCGGCGGCCGCCGCCACCCCCGCCGCCGCGACGCCGCUUACCUCCGCCAGCCCGCACCGCUAUUCCAUGCUGCUGGCGGAUGCGAUGGACACACCCGACCCAACUGCUGCCGCUGCUGGUGCUGCCGGUGGUGGCUACGGCUACUAUGCUGAUGCACUCCUGACGGGCGGCGUCAAGGGCGCCGCGGAUGGUUGCGCUGGGGUUUACACGGGGUUGGCGAAUGGCGGCGGCAGUGUGGGUGGGGAGGCGAGUGGGCAGCAGGAGGCAGCGGCGAGCCAGUCGAAGAGGCAUGCGCUGGAGGCACUGCAGAAACUGCGAGCUGCACUUCGAGAGCACUGACCGGCUGGCGGAGCUGCUGAGGCCUGACGAUUGUUCUAUAGCUGUUGCGACUGGGGAUUGCUGCUGGGGGGUUUGGGUGGGUAUUCUAGUUUUACGCGAAAUAGGGACGACGGAGGUGGAUGGGAGUUAAGUGCGUGGCCCGUGCGACCUGUGCUUCCUCAUACACUUGUGGUGUGGGUGCAUAUGGGUUGCGAGUGCGGCGUGGAACCUGUGAUGGAAGUGUUCAGGUUGCCCCGUAGCCAUGUUGCGUUGAUGCCGUGGCGGACUUGCACAGUGACAAUGCACGGUGGAUUACGGAAUCUGUACGGAAGCCGGAUUCGGGAGACAUCCCUUAAACUGUACGUAAUUAUUAGCCCACUUAGGUAACGUCCUUGUGUGCAAAUGAAGGCUUGUUAAGCUCACACGCCGCAUCCACACUUGCAUACCUCACGGCCCUCAAAUAGUAUAAACACAACUACAGUAUACUAUCUCUAGUCGCUAAGUGAUAAAUCAUUUGUAAGCACCGCUGCUUAAACUAGAGAAAUGAUCAUCUGUCUAGGACCCGUGUGUGUGCCUCUUCACUUGUUGCUCCCUUUCCUAGUCGGAAUGCUGCAUCAAUACGGCUACCUCAAGUGGUUUAAAACAGAAUGGGUAACACUGCGGUACUGGAGGAACAAAUGGAGCGGGAAGAAACCAGGCGAUGCUACACCGCAAGCGGAAAUGGCAACGACAGCAAGCGUCUCAGGGAGACCAUCGGCAGCGCAGGGUAUUCAGGUUACGGGAGCGUCCCCAACAUUACCGAACAACACGGGGCCAGCGCAGGACAGCAAGAAGGUCGAAUGAGCUUCGCUGGGGCCAUGACAUACGGAGAUGUAAAUAAAUUGCUACCAAGCCCCGUGCAGUCCUCCAUUCCUUCCCGACUGUA